UCAUUUUUUUUUUUAAAAUUUUUUUAUUUUUUUUUAUUUUACCAGGAUUUGUGACUGGGGGAACUAAAAUAAGAGCAGCCCAACAUUUUGUUUUCCAAGAAAGGACAGUAGAUAGUAUAGGGCAUAGGGGAGAGGAUGAAAUGGCGGCUGCUCCUUCCUUGUGCGUAUUACGCUACUUUAAUAGCUGGAACAAGAAUUUGAGAAAGGAAGGGCUUUGCUCAGUCCUACUAAGAAUACCAUCUUUGUCUGGUCGACGCUAUUGCAGUAGUAACUUGGUGGGUGAUGCUUGUGCUACUGCUCUCAGAAGCCCAGACCUGGUGGCCUUAGAAUAUGCUGACCUUAAUCUCACACACAAAGUCUCUGAGGAGUUGGGUCAUGUCAGAAUCCGGCAACAUGUGAACCCUCUGAGUGCCUCUUUCUCUAUGCCAGCGGAUGCACCAGACUGGGAUGAAGUUUUCAAGGACCCAACAUUGCCUCUCAUGGUGGAUGUUGGAAGUGGUAGUGGCAGAUUUCUCUUAUGGCUUGCGAAAAGAAAUCCUGAAGAGAAAAAUUAUUUGGGGCUGGAAAUACGGCAGAAACUGGUAAAGCGUGCUAACUUCUGGGUAAAAGAGCUAGCUCUUAGCAACAUACAUUUCUUGUUUGCUAAUGCCACAAUUUCUUUCAAUCAAUUAGUAUCAACAUAUCCUGGACCCUUGAUGCUAGUCUCAAUCCUAUGCCCAGACCCUCAUUUCAAGAAAAGGCAUCAUAAAAGAAGGGUUGUGCAGAAGCAUUUGGUAGAUUCUAUCAUAAAGAAUUUAAUGCGUGGGGGACAGGUGUUCAUACAGUCUGAUGUGCUUGAAGUGGCGCUUGAUAUGAGAAAUCAGUUUGAUGCUGAUGUGGAUGUACUUCAUCACAUUGAUGCCCUCAGCCAGAGUGUCUUGUGUGACAAUGAGGGAUGGUUGUUGAGCAAUCCAAUGGGAAUAAGGACUGAGAGAGAAAUUCAUGCAGAAUUAGAAGGCGCAAGAAUUUUCCGUAGGAUGUACCAGAAGAUGGCAUAAAUAAUCUAUAGGCUCUUUGUUAUUAAUCCCAAGGAGCAGUUCACUUGUCAAGAUGCAGCCUUUUGAAAUAAAGGCUAUCAAUUUAAAUUUGAAACCCCGCCCCAUUGGGUCACUCACUUCUUCCCCCACCAAAAGAAGAAGGUGGCUAGGUUAAUUUAUUGUGAGGUAUCUUGUAGGGACUUUUAUUUUGGGAAAGAAAAAAAGGCAUUUGUAUUAAUUGAAUUGUCUUACAUAGGUAGUACACCUAUCAAAAAAAGAAAAAGAAAAAAAAAGAAAACAUAGGUAGUAGUAAAUAACUUGGUAAAAAAACUGGAGCAUCCUCCGGUCAAGCAACAGCAUCUAUAAUGCAAACAACAUGCCAUGCUGAUCUGUUAGCAACCCUGUUUUCCUGCCUACCCACCAAACAGUCCAACAAACAUUCUUAAGUCCUUUAAUCCAUUUCUUGCUUCAACCAUCAAUUGUCCCACACUCGACAGGUCCAGUUCUGUUUCUAUAACAGUCUUCUUCAUCUGUAAUGAACUUACUUCAUUGAUCACUUUGUGUACUCCUAUAUUCUGUGCAAAAUAUAUAGCUCGAAUUGCUGCA